AUGAAUGAUCAGUUUUGUGUGGGAGGUGAUCAACACUUCCAAGGUCAAGGAUUGUAUGAAGAACAUGAGCCAACACAGACAGCACGUGCCACACCAAACAGUAGUCACAGUGCCAAUGAUAAGAAUUUUCUGCCUACCAUCAAGCUGGAGAGCUCUCUCCAACUAAAAAGCAACUCGAGUUCCAUUAAAUCCUAUGAUGCUUCCACUAGACCUAAAGGGGAACCAAUGACUGCAAUGGAGGCAAAGAAACACUAUAUACACAAACUUACACCAUAUGAAGAACAGGAAAUAGCUAGCUAUUCAGAAAUCUAUUUUGUUGGACCAAAUUCUAAAAAGAGACCAGGCAUUAUUGGUGCACCAAAUAAUAACAGCUAUGAUGAUGAGCAGGGUUCGUACCUUUAUGUGCCACAUGAUCACAUAGCCUAUCGAUAUGAAGUCAUCAAGGUAAUCGGGAAAGGGAGCUUUGGCCAGGUGGUGAAGGCUUACGAUCACAAACUCCACCAAUACAUCGCCUUGAAGAUGGUACGGAAUGAGAAAAGAUUUCACAGGCAAGCGGCUGAAGAGAUCAAGAUACUCGAGCAUCUGAGGAAACAAGACAAAGACAACACCAUGAACGUCAUUCAUAUUUUUGAGAGUUUUUCCUUCCGUAAUCACAUCUGUAUGACUUUUGAGUUACUCAGCAUGAACCUCUAUGAACUCAUCAAAAAGAAUAAGUUCCAAGGAUUCAGUCUGCCCCUGGUCCGUAAAUUUGCACACUCCAUCCUGCAGUGCCUUGAUGCUUUGCAUAAGAGCCAUAUCAUCCAUUGUGACUUGAAGCCUGAGAACAUCCUGCUGAAGCAACAGGGUCGUAGUGGAGUUAAGGUGAUUGACUUUGGGUCCAGUUGCUAUGACCAUCAAAAGAUUUACACGUACAUUCAGUCACGUUUUUACCGAGCUCCUGAAGUGAUUCUGGGAGCUCGGUACGGGAUGGCUAUUGACAUGUGGAGUUUAGGAUGCAUUCUUGCUGAACUGUUGACUGGACAUCCACUGUUACCAGGGGAAGAUGAGGGAGAUCAGCUGGCUUGCAUGAUAGAAUUACUAGGAAUGCCAUCGAAAAUGCUGCUAGAAAGUUCCAAAAGGGCCAAAAUGUUCAUCAGCUCCAAGGGUUACCCUAGAUAUUCCUCUAUUGUAACACUCCCUGAUGGGACUGUACAUUUGAAUGGAGGACGAUCACGUAGAGGAAAGAAUCGUGGUCCCCCUGGUCAACGGGACUGGACCACUGCUCUAAAGGGCUGUGAUGAUCAAUCUUUCAUUGACUUCCUGAAACACUGCCUGGAGUGGGAUCCUUCCUUACGCAUGACACCAGCACAAGCCUUAAGGCACCCUUGGCUGCGAAGACGCCUGCCAAAGCCUCCUACAAAUGACAAGACAACAUUUGCAAAACGCAUGUCUGCAAGUCCCACAGCCCUCAUGGACGCAGUGGCUAAACUACCUCCUACUUCUGCUAAUAUUGCCAACAAACUGCGAUCCAAUCAAAAUAAUGAUCCCAACCCCAAUAUGACUCAGAGGACUGUUCUUCCAAAAUUGGUCAGUUGA